GCCAAAAGGACCUUUCCGUCCCAUGGAGACAUGAACAGAAGAUGUGUGUGUAAAUGCUUCCUCCGCUCAUCCUUUCCUCCUCCCCCCGCAUCCCGAUUCAGACCUUCCUCCAUUCCCCUCCCCAUUUCAUCCCCGUCCGUGAUCCCAUUCGUUCUCUUCAUCCCCAUUUCUGAGGACAAACGAAGCAAGAAGGAACUCUAUGGCUGCCACCCGGGAAGCUUCAACGCCCUCUAAAGCGGCUGCAAAACAGCCUGCUACCACCGCGGUCGGUGCACCGAACAAAUCCAAGCCUGUUCCUGGCGCCCCCAAAGCACCAGCCGCCAAUAGUGCGACCGCCAGGACAACGACCUCCAUACGCACAACACCAGCCACGGCCUCAACUGCAAAACCACCAGCAGCGAAAUCUACUGCUGCUAAACCUACAACGCCAGCAACAUUGACAGCCAAAGCGCCAGUGACCAAGCCGGCGGCAAAAGCACCCUCGACCCCAGCAACAACAGCGAAAGCGCCGAUCAAAAGCACUAACCCAACGUCGACGACGGUCACCAAGACUGCCGCCAAACCCACCGCCUCGGUCAGUGCGACAGCAAAGCCUAAUGGUACCACAGCAAAGCCCGUUUCCCCGAGUCGAACCACAACUGUCGCAUCAAAUGCUAAGCCGGCAGUAGGAGCAGGAGCAAAGAAGCCGUUGACAUCGAAUGCGGCAUCGUCGUCUGCUCCCUCCAAAACUCCUGCCUCGACUACCGCUAACGCCGCUGCCUCGCGCAGGGUCCCAGCGACAGCGACUGCACGGACGACCACCUCCAUCAGAGUCCCACCAGGCUCUGCAGGGCAGGCCACGAAGCCGCCUGCAGUGGGAGGACGUCCGCCCGUCAACAUGACUCCGACCACCAUCCGCUCACCGGCGCGUACACCAUCGACUGUGACAACGCCUGCUGCACAAGUGAAGAAGACGGCAUCGACUUCUGCUUCUAGACCAGGAACUGCGACUCCCACAGCAACGCGAACCAGAAAUUCAGCUGUGGCCCCCACCACGCCUUUAGCCAAGAGAGCGAGCAUGAGCAGCAACGCUAGCACUGCCCAGAGCGCGUCUUCAACAAGCUCAAGUGCAAGGCCUAUUAGAACAACAACCGCUCCGGUAGCACCCUCAAGUCUUAUGGAAUUGAAGAAGGCCAUUGCCAGUGUACAGGCGAAGCUUGAGGAAACCUCUGGGCGCCUUCAGGCCAAAGAUGAUGAAUUGGUAUCGCUUCGAAGACUUUUGGAAAUCGACACUUUUGCAGAUUCUGCUUCAAGCGAUGGUGGGGAGACCCUCGUACCCGAAAUUGACCUGUCAAAGUUGGCAGCCCAGGAUAAGGAUGUAGUCGUGU